AUGUUUUCGAGACCGGCGAGUUUUCAUGAUUUUUUAUCUCGUAGUAAUCACACUGACAAGAUCUAUGAAGCUCUUGGUAAUGAAGACUUAUCAGAGAUUGUCAUAGCCGCUUUAGAUGUGCUCAGAAAAACUCAUCAGCUACCAACCAGACUCCCAGAUAUUAAAAAUGAGUUGAUCUCAACUGAACACCGCAAAAAAGGAAAUAUUGCUUUGGAAAGAGGCAAAUAUCAAAUAGCUUUGAUAUGCUACAAUCAAGCUCUUCUGCUUGCUCCUAAAAAUUCAAGAGAAAUGAUAUUGGCUAUUAGCAAUAGAUCUGCUUUAUUUCUAAAAUUAAAAGCAUAUAAAGCAUGUCUUAAAGAUAUUGACACAUGUUUCUCAAUGGGCUGCCCUUCUGAAAUAAUUGGUAAACUAACCAAAAGAAAAAGAGAUGCUAGUGUUUUGGCUAAAGAAAAUACGCUUGAUGUUAUAUUUACAGCAUUUGCUAGAAAACAUUCUGAAUGCACACCUAGUAACUCUGAAAUACCAUGUGCUACCUCUGAUAUAAAGGCAGUGGGUUCUGUUAUACCUAAAAUAGUGGCCUCAAAUGACAUAAAAAUUGGUACUGUAAUAUGUUGUGAACGAGCAUAUGUAAGUUACACUGAUCCUUAUAAUACUUUAUACUCAUGUCACUUUUGUCAAAAAAUGACAUUAAAUUUAAUCCCAUGUGAAGGGUGCAGCUUUGCUCUGUUUUGUGAUGAGGAAUGUAAAAGUAAAUGUUUUGACGAGUACCAUAAAUAUGAAUGUGCUAUAAUGAACUUGAUAAGAGAUAUCUCCUUCGGCCCUAUGCCAAAUUUAAUGAUAAAAGCAACACUUAAAAUGAGAGCAAAAUGUAAAUCUUGGAGAGAGCUGAUUGAUGCAUCUUAUAAUAUGGGGAUUGAGAGAAUAAAAUCAAGUUCUAUAAAGGAAGUAUUUGAUGUUGAUAGUAUAUUUUCAGUUUUGAAUCAGGUGGAUGACAAACCAUUCAUUUAUGGGGUUAAAUAUGAUGCUUGUUUUGUAUGUGCCUCCUUCAUUCAUUAUUUAGAUGAGAUUCCAUUAUUUUUCCCAAAAGACAUUGAUGCGAAAAAGCAAGCAAUGUGUGCCCUUGGAAGAAUUAUGAUGUUUCUCUCAUUAUAUAUUGUACCAUGGCAGGUUGUCCAAGCUGCCAUGAUUUUAAACACUGAACGAUCUCAUUACCAUGGAAAACCAAAUGUUGCAUUAUUUUCAUUUAUUGGAAAACUAAAGAAUUCAUGUACUCCAAAUGUUGCCGCUGUGUAUAGGAAUAAUAAAAUGUCAUUGAUCACUUUGCAAUCAAUCAAAACUGGAGAAGAAUUGACGAUUUCCUAUCAGCACCAUUGGCUUGAACAAGAAUAUGAGAAGCAUUCACGAAAUGUCACCACUUUUUUAUACCAUGGAAAGUUUAUGAAAAAAUAC